AUGUCCUCCACCACCACAUCAACAGUCACCACGACUGUCGUCACGCCUCAACGGCCACUCUAUCCCAUUGGCAUCCCCGAGAAAUUCUCAGCCGACGGAGUUGUCCAGCGCUUCCCCGGAAACACCACCGUCUGCCAUGUUCCCGCCGACUCUCCUCUCCAGCCCGGCAUGAACGCCCUCCACGCCUCGCUCAGUUCCCAUCCCGUGCUCUCAAAGCUCGUCCAUCUCCUGCCGAAGCCUUCAUGGCACAUGACCGUCGUCGACGGCGUCCGCGACACGGAAUGCGAGCCCGGCAUGUGGCCCCCCGGCAUGGAAAAGCUUCCCCUGGACGAGUGCACCCGCGAAUUCUCCAAGAAGCUGAGGGCAGUCGGCCUGGAGCUGGAAAAGGAGGGGCUCGCACCACCAUAUAAGAUGCGAGUCCGGGGCUUUGAUCCCGCUGUUAUUGGCAUCGGGCUUGAGAUUGAGGGAGCGACCCCGGAAGAGGAGAAGCGCUUGCGACGGCUGCGAGAUAGAGUCAGUGAUACCUUGGGCUUCAGGGCGCCGAACCACGAGACGUACGGCUUUCACAUCACCAUGGCGUAUCUGAUGAGGCACAUUGAUGGCGAGAACCGGGAUGCGCUGAACGAGGUGUUUGCGCAGCAUUUGCCGGCGCUGCAGCGAGAGUUUGACCUUGGGCCGCUGGAGUUUUGCACGUUUGAGAACAUGUAUGCCUUUCACAGGCUGUUUUAUCUUGGAGAAAAAAGUAAAUAG